GUCAGCUGCAGAGUGGUUUUCAAAUAGCACCCUUUAAAUGAGAUUUGUCAUUUACAUACAUAAAGUAGUAUCAGCUAAGCCAUGAGCCAACAUGGCAGGCACUAAAAUGACCUGAUCUGUGCAUGACUGUGCCCUGUCUUAUCUAAUACAAUAUCAUUUUUUAGAAACCCUCCAAGAGCACAUGAUCUUCUUGUAUAGAGAUAAGACAUCAAGCAGCAGCCUUUUUUCUCAGUCAUGGACGGCAGAGAGAAGAGAGCGCUUCACUUCUUGAUCUUCGCUGCUUAUCUCGUGGUCUCAUCUUCACCUUCUGCAGGUCUGAUCAGAUUAGCUGUAAAUGGAUCCACUCAGUGCUCUGGAAGAGUUGAAAUCUAUAACUCUUACUCUUACCCUUACUAUUCCUGGGGAACAGUGUGUGAUGAUGGCUGGGACUUAAAAGAUGCUGAGGUGGUCUGUAGAGAGCAGAGCUAUGGGAUAGCUCUGGAGGCUCUUGGGUCUGCUUACUUUGGUCAAGGUACAGGAACUUUCUUGCACAGUAAUGUGGACUGUUCAGGAAGUGAAACUUCUCUAGACAAUUGUAGGUACAGCAGCUAUAUUAGUUAUUACUGUCACCAUGGUCGGGAUGCUGGCGUCGUCUGUUCAGGUAAGAAAACUUUUCUAUAAUGUUUAUGGUCUUAUCACUUUACAAUAACUGUUUUUUUUCAUGUACUUGUCAAUACUUAGAUUCUAGUUAGUUCUCAUUCCAUCAUAUUUUACUUUCCCUGAAAAUAUGUUCAAAUGAAUUAAACAAACAAAUUUAGGUGUUUGUUUCAUUACACUCACUUUGUCUGUUGAACAUGUCUGCAGCUUAAUGCAUAUUUAAUGAGAUAACUGAUUUGCAUAGUUUAAAGAUUCCAUGUUAACCUGUUUCUUACUGAAAAAAUGUUUUAAUAAUAUUUUCCAAUUAAAAAAUGUAAAUACAUAUCUUUAACGGUGAUUUUAUUUAAUUAGACAAACAGAAUUUUCCACUUCAGCAGCAAUUAGACACACCAAACUUUCUGAUGUUCUGACCUUUAUUUUGAAGGCUUGUGAAGAACUUUGAGCUCAGACGUCACUUAAAGCCUAAUUUACAGACUUUUCAUCUUGAAAAAGCGUGUUACCGUAAAGAUCCUAAAAAUGUGACUGUUGACAGUAUUUUCUAAUUCAUGCAAUGUUUAGAAAAAGUCAUUUUUCUUUUUAGACAGCAUUACAAUAUGUGCAGCGCA